AUGGCCCAAUCAUCCGCCAACAUUCCCAACAAUAACGGAGAAGUUGUCCUCGCCGCUGAUGAGCCAACAGAUGACUCUGCAUCAGAGCUCGGAAGCAUUGCGUCAUCGACCGCCAGUGUUAGCAGUUCUAUCCUUGACUAUCGCACCGAGAAUGGCAGGACAUAUCACCGGUAUAAGGAUGGAAAAUACAGUUAUCCCAACGACGAGAGGGAAAAUGAUCGCCUCGAAAUGCAGCACAACCUCUUCCUCGUCACGUACGACAACAAGCUGGGAACAGCGCCGCCCAAUGACAAGAGUCUGGGCGUCAAGGUGAAGCGGGUUCUGGACGUCGGCACGGGGACUGGAGUGUGGGCGAUCGAGUUUGGAGAUGAGCAUCCUGAAGCCGAGGUACUCGGCAUUGACUUGUCUGCCAUUCAGCCAGACUUCGCCCCGCCGAACGUCAAGUUCGAGAUUGACGACAUCGAAGAACCUUGGACAUUCUCCCAGCCUUUCGAUUACAUCCACAGUCGAAUGAUGACCUCCAGCCUGUCGGACUGGCGAGUCUAUCUACAGAGAUGCUACGACGGUCUUGCCCCUGGCGGCUAUUUCGAGAUGAACGAGAUGGACUACCCCACGUCCGACGACGGCACCCUCCGGAAAGAGCACGCUCUUCACAGAUACCUCGAUCUAGUCUUCGGCGCCCUCGAAAAAUCCGGGCGCGCGUUCCAAAGCAUCCCGGCGCUGAGGGACAUGAUGGUCGACAUAGGCUUCCGCGACGUGACGAUGACGAAGUACAAGUGGCCAACGAACCCGUGGGCGAAGGACGCGAAACAUAAGAAGAUUGGAGCCUGGAACAACGAAAAUCUGAAUGCGGGCGUCGAAGCGUGGGCCAUGGCACCGUUUACCCGAAUCCACGGCUGGACGCAGGAGAAGGUUCAAGUCUUCUUGGUCGAUGUCCGGAAGGAUUUGGGAAAUCGGAGGAUUCAUGCUUAUUGGCCCAUAUACUCUCUUUGGGGACGGAAGCCUACGGUGGAAGAGGCUGGAGGGGCCGCUGGCAACUGA